UUAACUGGAGCUGAUUAAGUUCAUACUUAUGAGCAACCUACUCCAAAUAGUAAAUUAUUGCACUCUAGCCCCCUCGCUUUGCUAAUUGAAAUCGGAAAAAAUGCGGUGUCCGUACUGUUCGGCGGAGCAAGCGCGGUGCGCCACCAGCACCAGCGGCCGACCAAUUACCGAAUGCACAUCCUGCGGCCGUGUAGUGGAGGAGCGAUUAACUCAAUCCCACCAUCUUUUUCAUACUCGUGCACAAGAUUCCCCUCUUUGUCUCGCCACUUCCGACCUCCCUACUCUUCCCAUCUCCGCCACUCACGACGACGAUGACCCUUUUGAACCCACCGGUUUCAUCACCGCUUUUUCUACUUGGUCGCUCGAACCCUACCCAGUAUUUGCGCAAUCCUCAAUUUCAUUUGCCGGACACUUAGCGGAGCUGGAGCGGGUGCUCGAAACGACGUCGUCUUCGUCCAGUUCAUCUACUUCUUCUUCCGUUGUGGUGGAGAAUCUUCGGGCUUAUUUGCAGAUUAUUGAUGUGGCUUCUAUUCUGAGGUUGGAUUAUGAUAUAUCGGACCACGCGUUUCAGCUAUUCAGGGAUUGUUCUUCGGCUACGUGUUUGAGGAAUCGGAGUGUUGAAGCGCUUGCUACUGCUGCUCUUGUACAUGCUAUUAGGGAAGCUCAAGAGCCAAGAACUCUCCAGGAAAUAUCAGUUGCAGCCAAUUUACCUCAGAAGGAAAUUGGGAAGUACAUAAAGAUUCUUGGAGAAGCGUUACAACUCAGUCAACCUAUCAAUAGUAAUUCUAUCUCAGUCCAUAUGCCAAGGUUUUGUACACUUCUUCAGCUGAAUAAAUCUGCUCAGGAGCUGGCAACUCACAUUGGUGAAGUAAUCAUCAAUAAAUGCUUUUGCACGCGAAGGAAUCCAAUUAGUAUCUCUGCUGCUGCUAUAUAUUUGGCAUGUCAACUAGAAGACAAGCGGAAGACCCAGGCUGAAAUAUGUAAGGUGACUGGACUCACUGAGGUUACUCUUCGUAAGGUGUACAAGGAGCUUUUGGAGAACUGGGAUGAUCUCCUACCAUCAAGUUAUAAACCGGUUGUUCCACCAGAUAAGGCUUUUCCUUCAGCUGCCAUUCCUACAGGCCGUUCAUCAACACUUAGAGUUGAUUUAGUUGAGGGAACUUCAUCUGAGAGGGACAAGCCUGUUAAACCAGUCGACUCAUUAGAUGCAUCUCCUCAGAUCAGAUCAAAGGAGGACUCCCAUAGCAAAGAUAAUGAUACAACUCAAAUAUCUUGGCCAACACCAUUUUGGAAGCCUCAAGCUCCUGCUGAAGGUGGUGUUACAACAGCUACAGAGAAGAGUCAGAAUGCUACUCAAGAAAUGGAUAUUGAUUAUGUAUAAUUUUCUAUUCAAAUUGAUUUCAACUUUAAUGAACUGAUAAAGAAAGCCUUAUGUAAAAUAAAAAUUCUUUAUCAUACCUUUAAA